AUCUACAGGUAAUUUAUUGAAUAACACACCUGAACUGUAAAUUUCAGAUGUUCGGUCACUAACAUUUAUCAGUUUAUCCAUCGGUUAAGUUCUGCUUUAUCUCCGUGUUACAAAUCGUUAUGAGUCUCGUAAAUACAUAGAUUUAUUUUACAUAACGAUGGCUCUCUCGCGCUUCAAGGACCUUUUCCAGUGUUCUAGAGCGGCUGUGAUUGGCAUGAUCCAUGUCAAGGCACUUCCGGGAACGCCCUUGAAUCGCCACGGAAUUAAUGAGCUGGUGGAGAUGGCUCGUCAGGAAGCCUUCGCAUACAAAGAGGCCGGUGUUGAUGGUGUCCUGGUGGAAAAUAUGUUUGACAUACCCUACCUCAUGGGAGCAUCGUUAGGGCCCGAAGUUGUAGCCACCAUGACAAGGGUUUGCCAGGAGGUGCGCAGUAUCAUUCCCAAACGCAUUCCUUGUGGCAUUCAGAUCCUUGCAGGAGGGAAUAAGGAAGCUCUGGCUGUUGGGAAGGCUUGCGGACUCCAGUUCAUCCGAGCAGAGUGCUUUGUAUUCUCCCAUGUGGCUGACGAAGGGCUCAUGAAUGCAUGCGCUGGGCCUCUGCUAAGAUACAGACGUUCCAUUGGUGCUGAGGAUGUUUUGGUUUUCACUGACAUUAAGAAGAAGCACAGUGCACAUUCCAUAACAAGUGAUGUAGGGAUAGCAGACACAGCAGAAGCAGCCAAGUUCUUUCUUGCCGAUGGUGUCAUUCUUACUGGUUCUGCGACGGGGACAGGAAGAUUUUUUGACCUCUUAUCUUUUCUACAAACCUUAAAUAUGAAUUUUGAUUCAUGGGACCUGCCAGUGUUGAUUGGGUCGGGUGUCACCAGUGAUAAUGUUCAUAAGUACAUGGAUGCCCAUGGUUUCAUAGUUGGCUCGCAUUUCAAAACAGGAGGAAGCUGGAUGGGAGAUCUUGAAUAUGAAAAAAUUGAGUCCUUCACAACUUUGGUUCGGAAUCUACGAAAAGACUAACUUAGAAAGGAUCAUGAUUCCAGAAGUGCAGGUUUUACAAAGAUGUAUUUGUGAUGUACGUGGGUGUAAUUGUAUGUUUAUAAAAGUUAUAGAUAGUUAGAUUUGUAUAGUUAUAUAAUGUUGGCUACAGUAGAUUGUACAUAAAGCCACACACAUGCACACACACACACACACACACACACACACACACACA